ACUCUAUCAGGGCCCACCUUUAGCAGCAGGUGACCUUUCGACUGUCUCUCAAGCUCCAGCGCCUCCAUCUUCAUCACCUCUUUCACUCCUCUCUUGGUCGCAAGAGCUUUCGUUGCUGGAAACAAGCUCCAUCUCCCGCGCAGAGCUCCCAGCAGCUCUAACCGCUCAUCAUGGAUUCCAGAGCUCUUGUGCCGUUCCUAGUCGGCAUGAUGCUGUUAACAGGUGUUUGCAACACUCUGCUCACCAAAUACCAGGACAAUCAAUGCGUGCGCGACUGCGACACCAACCACCCCAGAUAUUUCGAGCAACCCGUCAUCCAAACAGCCCAGAUGUUCAUCGGUGAGAUGGGCAGCUGGCUCGUCGUCGCCAUUUUCGCACUCUACAACCACUUCGCGAAGAAGCCCUCGGCGGAGGCGGGCGGAUACGAGCCUGUGUCUGCCGAGAACGAGGCUCCUCCCACAGCUGCUGACAUCGAGGCCCCAGCAGAGGCAGACACUCCGGACACUGCCAGUACCGACCCGUCGAUCGCGAAUCCGCUGAAGCCAGCGCACGCUGGCCACGAAGAGGGCCGGAUACCACUGACCGGCUGGAAGGUGCUGUAUCUGGCUCUGCCGGCAUGCUGUGACAUCGCGGGGACAACUUUGAUGAACGUGGGUUUGCUGUUCGUUGCGGCUAGCAUAUACCAGAUGACGCGCGGCGCCCUCGUGCUCUUUGUUGGCAUGUUCAGCGUCUUGUUCCUCAAGCGCCACCUCCGGCUGUACAAGUGGCUCGCGCUUUUUGUAGUCGUCACCGGUGUGGCUGUUGUCGGGUUGGCCGGCGCCAUCGCUAAGGAUGAGAAAGCCGUACACCGUGACGAUGGUGCUCAGGGAGCGGAACAGGUGCCAUUGCAAGGCGCUGGCAUGCUCAUGCGGAGCGCGGCAAACGAGGUUGCGGCCAUGGCGACGCCGCUGGCAGUUCGUACUAUCAUCGGUGUGCUCCUGAUUGCGGGUGCGCAGAUCUUUACGGCGACACAGUUCGUGCUCGAAGAAAACAUCAUGGAGAAGUAUGAGUUGGAGCCGCUCAAAGUUGUUGGUUGGGAAGGCAUCUUUGGGUUUCUGGUCACAGUCAUCGGCAUGGUCAUCUUGCACUUUGCAGUGGGUCGCACAGCUGCGGGGCAGGGCGGAUACUUUGAUGCUAGAGAGGGCCUGCGUGAAAUCACUCACUACCGCGCCAUCGCUGUGAGCAGUAUCUUCAUCAUGAUCAGCAUCGGCGGCUUUAACUUCUUCGGCCUUUCCGUGACACGCACCGUGUCGGCGACGUCGCGCGCAACUAUCGACACGUGCCGCACACUCUUCAUCUGGAUCGUCUCGCUGGGUCUGGGCUGGGAGACGUUCAAGUGGCUGCAGGUCCUUGGUUUCGCGCUUUUGGUCUACGGCACGUUCCUCUUCAAUGACAUCGUCAGGCCGCCAUUCGUGGCGUACAUAGAGAAGCGCCGUAGAGCGAGAGCGGGCCUGGACGAGCUGUUGCCCGAGGGCCCAAUCGAACAUCUUUGAGCGGGUGUUACGAGAAAGAGGUUCGUUUCGUUUCCUUGUCCGGCUUUGGGCCUUAGCAUUUCGUUUCUCGUGUUUUUGUACUUUCAUUUUCGCAUAAUCUAUUGGGUGUUGGUUAAGCUUGUUGGAGUCUAUCUGUGUACACUGUCUUCUAUAGCAUUGGGGAAGACGUUUCGCUACUUAUAGGUCGGUUCAUAUCGGUAAUAGGGGUAUACAGCUGCAUUUUGACAACAAUAAAUCAUCCUACCCUUGACGCUUUUUUCUCGGAGAGCUUACGUGGAACAUGAGCAAUUCAUACUACGGUCGGAGGGGAAGAUAUUGUUACAAUCCACAUCCUCACGAACGACAAAAUUAACUAGGUACAUUUAUAAGCUCUGGGUCUACGCAAGAAGUAUCCAUAAAGAACGGUCUCAUCUGCUUAAAGAAGCAUGUAGGCAGGACUGUGGUAUCUACAAUAUCUAAAUUCAAAG